AUGGGAGCUUUCGAUUUUCUUGACGAUGUCAGGCGUAUGAAUAAAAGACAGCUGUACUACCAAGUUCUCAACUUUGGCAUGAUUGUGUCAUCAGCUUUAAUGAUCUGGAAAGGUCUGAUGGUUCUGACAGGCAGUGAGAGCCCAAUCGUUGUGGUGCUCAGCGGGAGUAUGGAGCCAGCAUUCCACAGAGGUGACCUACUGCUGCUGACCAACUACAGAGAGGAGCCCAUCCGUGUUGGGGAGAUUGUGGUGUUUAAGAUUGAAGGCAGAGACAUUCCCAUUGUUCACAGGGUGCUCAAAGUGCAUGAGAGAGAAGACGGAUAUGUCAAGUUCCUCACCAAGGGAGACAAUAACUCUGUAGACGACAGGGGACUGUAUGCAAAGGGUCAGUUGUGGCUAGAGAAGAAGGAUGUUGUUGGCAGAGCAAAAGCAUUUUUACCCUAUGCCGGAAUUGUUACUAUUCUAAUGAAUGACUAUCCCAAAUUUAAGUAUGCUAUUUUGGGUUUCUUGGGAAUCUUUGUCUUAACGCAUCGAGAAUAG